CAGCACUUCCGGAUUGGAAGGCAGGUGGCGACGCGCUCGGAAGUUUCCCUAUAGGAAUAAAAUGGAAGGAGAAUCAAGCAGAUUGGAAACCCACACUCCAGUUUUCGUCAAGAAAAAGACUAAGCAUUCUGUACAUAAGGAGAGACGUGGGAGGCAUCCCCGUGAAGGUUUCGGAGACUGCCCCCUGGCAAAUGAACAGGCUGACAUAUCUAAGGGUAAAAAAAAGAGAAAGGACGCCCAGCAUCUUGUUUCUUCUCCUUUGGAAAAAUCAGAAAUUUGCGAUGAGACUGAAAAGGCCACUUCUAUACCCAAAAAGAAAAAAAAGAGAAGAAAAGGUGCUUUGGGAGUCAAUGAGGAAACAGGUGUUGCGUGCCUCCUGGUGGAUAAAGAAAACAUUGAGAACACACCAAAGAAUUUUAGAAAGGAUGUCGAUGUCGUUUACGUUGAUGUAAGCAAGGAGCAAAAGUCCACAAAAGGGCCUGAAGCAGAUGAACCGCAUUUAGUUACUGAGUCACGUGAAAAUGAGUCAGAACUGCAUGAUAAAGUUCGGGAGAAAAAGCAUAAAAAACAUCGGAGGAAAGUUGCAUCCUGUGUUGCUGUCCAGGAAAGUCUGGGUGCAAGCAUCACCCUGCCCGGAUCAGAACCCCAAGAGCAGAAACCCCAGCCUCCCAUGGGCCAAGAAGGUGACAUUGCACAACUGCCAGUGUCUGCAGAUCAAAGCAAGUCUAAGAAAAGAAAGAGGAAGCGUCCACGUGACCAGGAGUUCGAGGCCUUGCCUGCGCCUGAGAGCGCUGAGAACAUACACUCAGAGGGAUCGCAAGUGAUUGGUGAGGUCGGCACUGCAGGGGGCAAUCAGGAGUCCAGUGGCCUCAAGAAAAAGUCUAAGAAAAGGAAGAGAAGAUCUGUUGAUACUGCCGUGGCGCCUGGCGGUGAUUUUUCAGUGCUCAGGACGAGCUCUGAGGACACGCUCUUUGAUUCAGCGGAAGGUAAUGGUACCUUGAUUGAAGAAAGUGCGAAACCCAGGCCACAAGAGGAGAAACCCCAGGCCUGUUCGGAAGAGGUGCAGAGAUUAGAACCUACAAAUGAAGAAGAAAGCAAUUUGGAGUCGGCUAAAGAUCCUGAAACCAAAUAUUUAUCUGAAGAUUCGAGAGAUUCAGAUAAUUCAGACGUGGAUUUGGGUUCCGCUGUGAGGCAGCUCCAGGAGUUCAUCCCUGAUAUUAAGGAGAGGGCUGCCACUACAAUUAAGCGAAUGUAUCGGGAUGACCUGGGACGCUUUAAAGAAUUUAAAGCCCAGGGUGUCGCUAUUAAAUUUGGCAAGUUUUCUGUGAAGGAAAAUAAGCAGUUAGAGAAAAACGUGCAAGAAUUUCUGUCUCUGACAGGAAUCGAGAAUGCUGACAAGCUGCUGUAUACAGACAGAUACCCAGAGGAGAAAUCUCUAAUCACCGACUUAAAAAGAAAAUACUCGUUUAGAUUGCACAUUGGUAAGGGCAUUGCCCGGCCCUGGAAACUCGUAUACUAUCGAGCAAAGAAGAUGUUUGAUGUCAACAAUUACAAAGGCAGGUAUAGCAAAGGAGAUACCGAGAAGCUAAAGAUAUACCAGUCCCUCCAUGGAAACGACUGGAAAAAGAUUGGUGAGAUGGUGUCUCGAAGUAGCCUCUCUGUGGCCCUGAAGUUCUCCCAGAUCAGCAGUCAAAGAAAUCAUGGUGCUUGGAGCAAGACGGAGACCCAGAAACUAAUCAAAGCUGUUGAAGAAGUGAUUCUAAAGAAAAUGUCUCCCCAGGAGCUAAACGAGAUGGAUUCUAAACUCCAAGAGAAUCCUGAAGGCCGCCUGUCAAUUGUUCGGGAAAAACUCUACAAAGGCAUAUCCUGGGUAGAAGUGGAGGCUAAAGUGGAAACCAGGAAUUGGAUGCAGUGUAAAAGUAAGUGGACGGAAAUUCUAACCAAGAGGAUGACAAAUGGUCGGGACGUAUACCGGGGAGUUAAUGCCCUACAGGCCAAGAUCAACCUCAUUGAAAGGUUGUAUGAAACAAACGUGGAAGAUGUUAAUGAAAUAGACUGGGAAGAUCUUGCUAGCACCAUAGGGGAUGUUCCUCCAUCUUAUGUCCAAACUAAAUUUUAUAAGCUGAAAGCUACCUGUGUUCCCUUUUGGCAGAAGAAGACUUUUCCAGGUCUGGUUGUGUUUAUAUACGUGUCAAUAAAGCUAUUUUCACUAUUGAUUUUACUGAAGAAGGUGCAACAGUCAAAGGAAGGGUAUGAAAAUAAUAACAUAUUGUGGAACAUUAAAAAUUGAUUCACAUUUCAUAUUCAAGUUUGUCUGAAUGUGGAAAGAAAGGCGAGUGCAUGAGUAGAUUUAAUAUUUUCUGUGCUAUUAAGUUGAAAAUAAUUACAACUAAUGGUUUUCAUACAACAACAGGAUCCCAAGUCCCUCUAAUGGCAGCAGAGGUUAGUCAUGUCCAAUGAACUUUUUUUGGCUGCGCCACAUGGUUUAUGGGAUCUUAGUUCCCCACCAGGGAUUGAACCCAGGCCUUCGGCAGUGAAAGCACAGAGUCCUAACCCCUGGACCGCUAGGGAAUUCCCCCAGUGAACAUUUUCAUGAUGUGGAUUCAACUAUACGUGCAUUCAGCAAAAAAGAGAACGUUAACAAUUUUAAUAAUGCAUGCCGUUUUGCUUUCUGUUUUUCAGUUGUUUAGAUGUAUAUGUUAGCGUGUGUGCGUAUUAGGUAAGUGGUACAGGGAAGUUUGUGUUCCCGCAAACUGGUUUCGGUUCCCAUGUGCCUGUCAUGGUGUGCCUAUCUCAUCUUCCUGAGUGUGAUUCUAGUGUUUAAAGAUAGGUAUUUUUCAUACAAGAUGCCCUCUCAAAGCCAGUCACAGAAUUCAUCUGGUGUUUAACUGGAAAAAACAAAGAAACCAGCAAUCUCUUCCAUUGCUUCUGGAAAAACUGCCUCUGUUAGACUUCCCUUGCUGGCAAGGGAAAUAAAGUGCCCAGGCUUCUAGCCUCAUCUGUACAGGGGAGAACAUAGAAAGGAAGGUGUGGGUGAGUAAUAUCCCAUACAGUGAGGCCACCCUCUGUGCCAAGGUGCAGCACCCCUGUCUCCUGAGUGUAGCAUCAUGAUGUGUGAUGUUGGUUAAUUCAUCCACAAAGCUAGACAUUCUUCCAAGCUUGCCGUCCUCAGAGAAGGAAGAAUACAGAGAAACAAGUUGAGGAGUCCUCAUUCACCAGUAUAUCCACAGCACCUAUCAUGGUGUUGUGCAAAUAAUAGAUACUCGAUAAAUAUUCAGGGAACAAAUGAGUAUUUUCUUUUUAAAAAUUAAUUAAUUUAUUUAUUUUUGGCUGUGUUGGGUCUUCGUUGCUGCACGCAGGCUUUCUCUGGUUGCGGAGAGCAGGGGCUACUCUUCAUUG